AUUUGUGACUUUACUGAAUGUAACAUUGACAACAAACAUCAAUUGGACAAAAUUUCGUCUUGAAGAUGAAUCUUAUGGAAUCACAUGUUCUUCAUCCGAAUAUCUGUUUAUCCGAAACGACGUUUCUGAUGAGAUGGCUUGCAGCAAAAUAUGUUUCCUACACAACAAAUGCCUGACAAGUGUGUAUCAACCGGAACAUGUUCUGUGUAUUGGAUGUGAGGCAAUGAGUUUUCAACCUUUGCCAAAUACUUCAAAUUCAAUACAAUAUACUCGAAGAGAUUUCAAGGUUGACUGCAAAGACGCUUUUCAACACGCUUUGAAAAACAACAAAAAUGCAGAAACUGGUGUCUAUGAAAUAAGACUACCAAGUUUGGAAAUAAUCGAUGUGUACUGUGACAUGACAUCCGAUGGUGGUGGUUGGACGGUAAUCCAAAAUCGAAUUGACGGAAGCACAUCUUUCAAUAAAAGCUUUCAAGCCUAUGAAGAUGGAUUCGGCGAUAUAAGGAAUGAGUUCUGGUUAGGUCUUAAAUAUAUACAAGAAAUUACAGAUGCACCUAGUAAAAUGAGAGUCGUUGUAAAUGGGGACGCAAGUUUGGUCAAUUUCAAACUUCUUGGAGAACACUACAUAUUCUCAGACGGUGAAGAUCUAAAAGAAGAAAGUAUUAAUUUUUGCCAAAACUUCGUAUGA